GCUGCUUCCGGUUCCAAACACGGUUGAAAGCACGCCUUUCCGCCAAUAUCGCUCGUAAGACACCCCCUCUGUCCUUGCCGGGCAUAUCGACGUUGUAGCGCUACAGCUGCUCGUCACACCGCUCAGAAGACAGCACCACACCACCAUUCGACCGCUCAACACCACUUUCACACUCGCAAGCAUGGCCAACGUUCAAGACCGCGGACCGCCCUCGGCCGCCGCGAUAGCGAUCGGGACCGGCAUCAUCGCCGGUCUGACUGGCUAUUUUCUCGGACAGGCGCGGUCCAUCGGAGUUUUCGGCCGAUCGCACAGCGCUUCAGCAACAUCCGGCGCUGCCGAUGAUGACUCCGAUCUGAGCGACGCGGAUGAAGAUGAGACGUCGCCGGAUGAUCUAGGGGAGUUGAAGUCGUUUGCUGGGACCAACGAGGAGUGCAAGCUCGUGCUUGCCGUGCGAGGUGAUUUGGGAAUGACCAAGGGCAAGGCAUGCGCACAGUGUGGCCAUGCCACUUUGGCUUGUUACAAGGCACUCCUUCGCGCAGACCCGCAGAAUCCGGUGUUGCGUCAGUGGGAGCGAUUGGGACAGGCCAAGGUUGCGCUCAGGGUGAACAGCGAGGAUGAGCUGCUCAUGUUGCAGGCGCAGGCUGUGAGUCUGGGUGUUUGUGCUCAGGUUGUGCACGAUGCUGGUCGCACGCAGAUUGCAAGCGGCUCGGCGACUGUGGUCGGUAUUGGUCCAGCACCUAAGAGCGUUGUCGACCAAAUCACCGGACAUCUGAAGUUGCUUUGA